UGUGCUCACUGUCUUUUGGAUUCUGUGACGUUGUUAACGUUUAUCCCCCUUGCUUUUCGGACUCUUCUUCUGCAUCUCUUCCCUUCCCUUCCAUCUUAUAGACAAACCAACCACACUAGUACUAUAGAGGCAAAAGACGCACAGAUAAUUCUAAAAUGGCACCAGUCGAAACAGAGUACUAUGACUUGUUGGAUGUCCCCGUGGAUGUUAACGAUACGGACCUCAAGAAGGCAUACAGGAAGCAAGCAAUGAAAUAUCACCCAGACAAAAAUUCUUCUGUGGGCGCGGAAGAGAAAUUCAAGGACAUAAGUAAAGCGUAUCAGGUGCUAUCAGAUGCUAAUUUGAGAGCGGUCUAUGACAAGAAUGGGAAGAAUAUGGUGGACAAGGAGAGUACAGAACUAGACGACGCAGCGGGUUUCUUCGCAAACGUGUUUGGUGGAGAGCGAUUCAGAGAUUAUAUCGGCGAGAUAUCUUUGAUGAAGGAGAUGACGUCCGUGGCACAGACAGUAAUGACCGAUGAGGAACGUGCCGAGCUCGAGAAAGAGGGCAUCGUCCCGCCACCAGCAGCAGUGUCGCAUGAACCACACGUUUCUGCACCUGGUCCAUCGACACAUGGACCAUUAACACCCAGUUCUGCUGAUGCUUCGAAGCGCCAGUCUGUUUUGGGGUCCCCGACCUCUUCUACAGGCGGCAAAGAAAGCAAAGAGAAGGAUAAGAAGCGCAAUAAACUCACGCCAGAGCAGAAAAAGAAGCUCCAGGAUCUUGAUGAUGAACGCAAACGCUCGAUGGAUGAACGAGUAAAGAUGCUCACUGCGAAGCUGAUCGAGCGACUACGACCCUUUGUGGAUGCGAAAGCGCCUGGCGACAGGGAAGAUCCCGAGACAAAGGCAUUCGAAGCACGGAUGAAACUUGAAGCAGACGAUUUAAAACUGGAGAGCUUUGGGGUUGAGCUGCUGCAUGCAAUUGGGACUGUAUAUAUGAUGAAGGCUACUUCGUUUAUGAAGUCGAAGAAAUUCCUAGGGAUUGCAGGUUUCUGGUCGCGAAUGAAGGAGAAGGGUUCAGUGGCAAAAGACGCAUGGGGUGUCAUCGGCAGCGCAUUUAGCGUGCAGUCUCUCAUGUCCGAAAUGGACCGCUUACAAAAGAAGGGGGAGCUCGACGAGGAAGUGAUGCGUGCACUAGAAGAGGAUGUUACAGGCAAGAUCAUGCUAGCAUCUUGGCGAGGCACGCGUUUCGAGGUCGUUCAGGUUCUCCGGGAGGUUGUGGAUAAUGUGCUUAAGGAUAAAGAGGCGUCCGAUCAGGUCUUGUUCCACCGGGCGAAGGGAUUGAUGAUCAUGGGACAUAUAUUUAAAAGCACGGUUCCCGAUGAGAGUGACGAGGUCCGACGCGAACUUGAGCGAAUGGUCGCAGAAGCAGCAGAGGGCAAAUCAAAGCAUCACCACUUACGUGGAAAGACCCGAAGAGAAGGUACCACAACGCCUGAGAUGUCACUGCAUGAAGGCGAGCAUCCGAUGAAAGAACAAGCUGAAGGAGACUCGGGAACACGUAAAUAUCAGUAGCGCAGAGACAGCCGGGGUUCGGGGUGGGGCGUGUACGAUCGGAUCGGAUCUUAGGACAGGACUGCUUUUGAUUUUUAUGACUAUUCUUUGAAUCUUUCUGUGAUGAUGCUCUGCAUAUAAGUACAUACGUGGUGCGGUGGUUACCUAUCUCAUGCUAAACAUACACUCAUGAGCUCUCCAUUAUGGAUUGUAUCACAUGCUGGCCUCAAAGGCCUCUUGUACCUGUCAUAUUAAACGUUGAGCACGAAUGGAGAUCAACUGAUAGGUAACACGCAUACCCGGAUGAAAAAAAUAUUGU